AUCAAGGGUACCCUGGGUAGGGUCCGCUUUUUAAGACCAGUUGUUUGAAUGGACUGUUGUGGUAAUGGUCAUUUUUGUUGGUAGCUUAUGAGUGUACAACUAUAGUGGUCAGUCAGAUUCAAGUCGGUGGUUUUGAGGUUAGCUUUCAGUUUUUUUUUCGGAUGGUUUGAGUUUGUUAGAAACGAGCAUUGGCCAGAGGACUUAGCAAGUGCAAUAAACUUUUGAGAAAUGGAAGUGUGUCCUAAAGCGAAAGACUGUUUUGUGGAUGGGUUGGACGAAAGAGAAGUGAAGACUGAAUACCGGCUGUGUUCCGCAUGCGGAGAUCCAAUCAGUGACAAAUUUUUGCUGGAAGUUUCCGGAAGAAACUGGCACUCGAGCUGUUUACGUUGCUGCGUAUGCCAGUUGCAACUCGACCGGCAACCAUCUUGCUUUAUACGGGACAGGGCAAUAUAUUGUCGAGCGGACUAUGCAAAAAGUUUCGGCGCCAAAUGCUCAGUAUGUCUACGCGGAAUCUCGUCAAGCGAUUGGGUACGUAAAGCACGCGACCACGUCUACCACUUAGCAUGUUUCGCGUGCGCAGCCUGUCACCGUCAACUAUCAACCGGCGAAGAAUUCGCCCUACACGAAGACCGAGUCCUCUGCAAAGCUCACUAUUUAGAAACCCUCGACGGCGGUACCACUUCAUCUGAUGACGGAUGCGAUGCUGACGGCUACCACAAGAACAAAGCGAAGCGGGUGCGUACCACUUUCACCGAGGAACAGCUGCAAGUACUACAGGCGAAUUUUCAGCUGGACUCGAAUCCGGACGGGCAAGAUCUGGAGCGGAUCGCUCAGAUAACGGGGCUGAGCAAACGGGUGACGCAGGUGUGGUUCCAGAAUUCCAGGGCGCGUCAGAAAAAGCACAUGCAUACGGGCAAAGCAAAAAAUCAAAUCCACAACGGCAGCCGAGAGGAAAACGGUUUUGGUAGACACAUAAACCUUCACCUUACCUAUUCAUUUCAACAGCAGAACAAGAAUAGUAUUUUCUCUCAGCCAGAUUCUUCAUUAGAUGACCUUUCACAAGAAUCUGGUCUACACUGUAUGCAAAGUGAAGUAUAACCAAAACUGGAAGACUUCUUUUUUAGUGAACCACAGUAAUAUUAAAGAAGUUGUUGGAAAAACUACAAACUAUUUUCUCAGAAAGUUGUGAAUGCUUGUGUGCAAAAUAAGUGCUCGAUGCUCAUAAAGUUAGGUAUAUCACAAUAAAAAUAUAAAGCAAGUUGAAUCCUUAAUUUUAUGUCUAAAAAGAACUAUUGAAUUGCAUUUCACUUUAAAUUGUAAAUACUAAACUGUUCUAAUUAUUGUAAAUAUGCAUAUAAAUCUUCCCAUUAUAUUAUGUAUUUCAGUUAUUUGUUUGUUUUCUAUUUUGAAAAAUUAUUAUAUAUCUUUAUUAUCAGCUGCUUUUGUAUAAAAUACAGUUUUUUAUAUCUAUAAUAUAUGGUCCUUAUUACAUUUCUUUUGAAAUCAAA